CUUCGUCUCCCCUAACAAUCUCCGUUGAGCAUCUCUGCACUCUCCUAUCCUAUCUACCAUUCAUCACAUGGCGAUCUCUCUGCAAUUCUGCCGUUUCUCAAUUCGUACGGACAAAUUCCCGGAAAACGGGGCCGUUUCCCAAGGUUUCAGAUAUCGGAAACCGUUCUCCGUCCGUUGCAGUGGUGAGUCUUCGGCUCCGGCGGCGGGAGCAGCCAUGGAGUCGGAUUUCGAUGCGAAGGUAUUCCGAAAGAACCUGACGAGGAGCAAGAAUUACAACCGCAAGGGUUUUGGCCACAAAGAAGAAACCCUCGAGCUCAUGAACCGGGAGUAUACCAGUGAUGUGAUAAAGAAGCUAAAGGAGAAUGGCAAUGAAUACACAUGGGGUAAUGUUACUGUCAAACUCGCUGAAUCAUAUGGGUUUUGCUGGGGUGUCGAAAGGGCUGUCCAGAUUGCUUAUGAAGCUAGAAAGCAAUUCCCCGAUGAGAAGAUCUGGAUUACUAAUGAGAUUAUUCACAACCCAACUGUUAAUAAGCGGUUAGAGGAAAUGCAAGUCCAGGAUAUCCCACUUGAGGAUGGGAAGAAGCAGUUUGAUGUUGUUGAUAAAGGUGAUGUUGUGAUUUUACCUGCUUUUGGAGCUGCUGUGGAUGAGAUGAUGGUUUUGAGUGAUAAAAAUGUGCAAAUAGUUGACACAACUUGCCCAUGGGUGUCUAAGGUCUGGAAUACUGUUGAGAAGCAUAAGAAGGGUGAGUACACCUCAAUCAUUCAUGGUAAAUAUUCACAUGAGGAGACUGUUGCAACUGCAUCGUUUGCGGGAAAAUAUGUUAUCGUGAAGAACAUGGCAGAGGCAAUGUAUGUAUGUGAUUACAUCCUCGGGGGUCAACUUGAUGGGUCUAGCUCAACAAAAGAGGAGUUUUUGGAGAAAUUCAAAUUUGCAGUUUCCAAGGGGUUUGAUCCAGAGACUGAUCUUGUAAAAGUAGGCAUUGCAAACCAAACAACGAUGCUCAAAGGAGAAACAGAAGAAAUUGGAAAAUUGGCUGAGAAGACUAUGAUGCGGAAGUAUGGAGUUGAAAAUGUCAAUGAGCACUUUAUAAGCUUCAAUACAAUUUGUGAUGCUACUCAGGAGCGGCAAGAUGCAAUGUAUAAGUUAGUGGAUGAAGAACUUGAUCUAAUGUUAGUAGUUGGUGGAUGGAACUCAAGCAACACUUCCCACCUACAAGAGAUAGCAGAGGAACGUGGAAUUCCAUCUUAUUGGGUUGACAGUGAGCAGAGAAUAGGACCAGGAAACAAAAUAUCUCACAAGUUGAAUCAUGGAGAGCUGGUUGAGAAAGAUAACUGGCUACCAGAGGGUCCCAUCACAAUAGGUGUCACAUCCGGUGCUUCUACCCCAGACAAGGUUGUUGAGGAUGUUCUUAUCAAGGUCUUCGACGUCAAACGUGAAGAGGCCUUACAGUUGGUGUAAUCUUGAGCUGCUCGGAAACAAGUCAAGGAACAGAUCAUUUGAUUAGUACCCCCAUUGAUGUAUAUUCGCUGAAAUUAUGGGGUCACUGUAGUAUAUAUAGUGCAAUAACUAAAAUCUUUUAUU